AGAAAAGUUGGUGUUUAUAUAGCUUUAACUCACUCUGAGAAAAGUUGUCCUCCGGUCAGUAAGUGUCCACAGCUCAUCACCGUUUCUCCAGCGGAUUCUUCCGAGUCCAGACUCCGGUUCUGACCCGGGGAUGUUGACUUCGUGGGUAAUAAGAGAGCGCCUCCUGCGGGCCAUCGACAGCCACAGCAACAUCUGCAACAUGGCUGUAGUUGCUGAAAUGAUCUCUGUUUUAGAGGGAUAUCCUAUGACCACAAAGAUACUGGAAGAAACACGUCUUGGCAAGAUCAUCAAUGAUAUCCGGAAGAAAUACAAACAAGAGGAUGUGGGAAAGAGGGCCAAGAUGCUCGUACAAAAGUGGCAGAAUCUAAUCCAGCCACAGAAGACCGCAGUAUUGCUCGAGGGCCACACCGUCUCAUCACAGCCUUCCAGUGCUGGCACACAUCCCUGCAUGUCCACUCCAGCAGCCAGUCCACCAGCAGGAAGAACUGCUCCACAGUCCAAGAAUACCCAUGACUUCAACUGCUCCUCUGAAGUGAACAUACUGAGCAAGAAACGUAAAGCCGAUGGGAACAAUGAGCUGCCCACUCCGCUCAGGAUAUCAAAAAAGACAGAAAAUACUAAAGCACUGAAUUCCAAGUGGCAGCAGAAAGUAGCAUCAGCUCAAACAUCCUCAAGAGGGCACCAACAGACCAGAAUCUCACAUGCCUCCUCACACAGUCCUAAUACUACAUGUCAUAAAGUUGUUGUCACACAAUGUGGACCUCCAGCAGGUAGACCUGUUUUUGUGGAAAGAUCUGGUUUGGGCUGUUCUCUCCCGCUUGAAAAGGUUGAUGCUCAGAAUUUACAGUCUGUCUUCUCAAAUGCCAAAGACUUGGAUUCUCAAAGCAGUUCAUUAUCCAGGAGUCUUACUACACCUAUUCAGAACUCAAAUAACUCCUCUCGCACUGACGAGGUCAUUUGUGAAGAUGGCGGUCCUGUGGAGAGAACAGAGGAAAAGAAACUACAGAAAUGCAAGCAUAAUGACCGUGUGUUAAAUUUAGACAGACAGACUGCAGAGGAUAGAAUAUCAGGCAAAUUAAAAGAAAGGACACCAACAUCUGAACAAGUAAGAUGGGAGUGCAAACCCUCCAUUGACAUGUGUCAGAGAGAGGAGAUCCAACUCUGUGAGUCAGCAAAGCCUUCCUGCUCACCACACCUGAACCAAAGUGCCCAUUUUCCCCUCAGUACCUACCAGCGGACACCAUGGACACACCUGAACAGGAGCAAAAGUCUCCAGCCAUACCCUAGCAGAACACAGGAAAGCACCAUGCCAAAUAUAAUGGGUGUCCAGACUCCUUUUGCACAGACUUUCAUGGAACUGCACUUGAAGGAGGAGGAAGCCCCCAAGUGUAAAAUCUUAAAGAAAACUCAUGAGGUGGCUUCAGACCUUCCAGCCAUGGACUUACCAGGGACAACCAGAGAGGUCAACAGAGAUGACCUCAACAGAUUACACACAACUCGCUGGUCUGGAGUUAAUGGUUGCUAUGACUUCAUGGGGAAUUGGUUUGACUGGACACAGUCCAUGUCAUUAGAUGUACAUGGUGAUGACAGCAGCCUGCACAUACUACCUUAUGUUUCACUGUACUAA